GCUGCGGCGGGCGGAGGCGGCGGAAGGAGAAGCCCAUGGAGGGGAACCGGGACGAGGCGGAGAAGUGCAUCGGCAUCGCGCGGGAGGCGCUGGAGGCCGGCAAUCGCGACCGCGCCCUCCGCUUCCUCGGCAAGGCCCAGAAGCUCUACCCCACCGACACGGCCCGAGUUCUGUUGGAAGCUAUUACGAAGAAUGGAAGUACUGCUGGGGGAGGCGCCUACUGCCGAAAACCAGCCAGUAGCAAUGAUCAAAGUAAGCCCAAUAGCACGAAGGAGAGCAAUGCAUCUGCUGCGAGUGAAAGUGGAAAAGGCUACACCAAAGACCAAAUGGAAGGAGUAUACAGUAUAAAGAAAUGUAAAAAUUAUUACGAAGUCCUUGGGGUGUCAAAGGAUGCAGGUGAAGAAGACCUAAAGAAGGCUUAUCGAAAACUUGCUUUGAAAUUCCAUCCAGACAAAAACCAUGCACCUGGAGCAACAGAAGCUUUUAAAAAAAUCGGAAAUGCCUACGCCGUGCUGAGUAAUCCAGAAAAACGAAAGCAGUAUGACCUUACAGGCAGCGAAGAGCAAACGUGCAAUCACCCUAGCAAUGGUAGAUUCAACUUCCACAGAGGCUGUGAGGCAGAUAUUACUCCAGAAGAUCUAUUCAAUAUGUUUUUUGGAGGGGCAUUUCCAACAGGUAGUGUACACUCAUUUUCUAACGGUCGUGCUGGCUACAGUCAUCCCAAUCAGCACCGUCAGAGUGGACAUGAGAGGGAGGAAGAGAGGGGUGAUGGAGGUUUCUCUAUGUUCAUUCAGCUGAUGCCCGUUAUUGUGCUGAUCCUUGUUUCCUUGUUGAGCCAGCUGAUGGUAUCUAACCCUCCUUAUGCCUUAUACCCAAGAUCGAGUACAGGUCAGACAAUUAAAAUGAAGACAGAAAAUUUGGGUGUCGUUUAUUAUGUCAACAAGGACUUUAGAAAUGAAUACAAAGGAGUGUCAUUACAGAAAGUGGAAAAGAGCGUGGAAGAGGAUUAUGUGUCCAACAUUCGUAAUAACUGUUGGAAGGAGAGGCAGCAAAGUAAAAACAGACUUGCUUUAUGCAGCAAAAGUUUAUCGAGAUGACCGUCUCCGAAAGAAAGCAGAUUCCAUGUCCAUGGACAACUGCAAAGAACUAGAACGGUUGACAAGCCUCUAUCGAGGAGGAUGAGCAACAAUUGUACACAUACAUCUUUACGUAUGCCGUUAUUUCUCUUGUAAAUUAAGAAGAGAUUUAGUUUCACCAUGAAUGCUGGAAAAGAGGGGUGGACGUAAAACUCUACUGUGUAGCUGUUUCCAGAAACCUUAUACUGAAAUAUCAUUUAAUGGCUUCUUUACCUACUGUGAAAUAUAGGUAACUUUAAUUGUCUAGAUUUUACUUCAAAGCUUCUGUGAAUUCUUUCAGCAGAGAGAAUAGCUCAGAAAGGAUGCUAUACUUGUAGAGACUUAGUCAUAGUGGUUCUCCUCUAACAUAUUUGCCAUGUAAAUAUCUGUGGAAAGAACACUUUGUGUAUAUACGAGUUAAAUGACUUUCUAUUUAAAAUCUCAGAAAUUUAGUUCCAUACAACAUUUUGUCUCACUGAUGGAAUAAAUAGUAUGAUUAUAUCACUCCUAUUCAGAUGUCAAGUGUGUGGAGUUGAAACAAGAUUUUUUAAUAUUUUAUCUCUAACUCUAUGUAAAAUCUUUAAGCUUUGUCAGCUUAGAAGAACUUGGUAUUUUUAAAUAUAAUAGCAUAUAUUCCUAAUUAUCUGUUGGGGUGUAUUGAUCUGGUGUAGAGUAGCAGUUCGCUGUUGUCGUUUUUUAGUGUUUCUAAGCAAUGCAGAGAAAACUAAGAAAAACACUAAUCUCUUUUCAGAGUAAAUAUUUGCAAAUUCUGUACAGACCAUUGAAAGCAUUGCUUUUAGUUCUUGCAACAGUUUACAGCAGCUCUCCCAUUUGGUAUUCCAGCAGCAGUAAAUCCAUAUGUAUGGCUGACACGCAUCUAUAGCUUCCUUAAUUUUAACUGCAAAGGUAGACGAAAACACGCAAUAGUAAAUCUCAAAAGCUCUUUGAAAAAAAUGGCAACCUAUUUUCUUUUUGCUGGGAGACUUCCAUUUUCUUACUAUUUUUUUAUUUCAAGCUAGGUCCUAACAGUGAUUCCUCAAUGGGCACCACAAGUGGAGCAUGGAAAUACUGCUAAGGACAAGCCUUGUGCCUUUCUACACUUUUGCCAACUGUUUAAAUGCUUGCUGGCUUGCAGUAUGCUCCUAUGGUCGGAGCCAUGUCACUUGUCCCAGGCCAGGAACUAGAGGAGGAGGUAGCGUAUGCAUUUUUCUGGACCAGAAUAUCUGGAUCGACUUCUUAGAAAUGAACAAACACCGUUUGGUUUCUACAUCCAAUGUAACUCGGUGGCCCGUACAUAGAAGUUGUGUGUAGCCACACCUGACAAUGAAACAAAGAGGUGUUUUGAAGCAGCUAUGUACAAUGCCCUUAAAGCUUUUUGAAAGUGGGUUGAAAAUGUAUUUUUAUUAUUAUUAUUUUUUUUUUUACAUUUUAACAGUGCUAUGCAGGAGAAUGUUUUCUUGUAUCUGAGAAUGCCAGGUGGCUUGUAAUAAGGGCAGAAUUUUCUGCUUGAGAAAACUGCUGUCUUUGAACAGUGCUCUCAGUUUAUGUGGAGCCAAAUUCUCAUCCUAAAUUGAAAGUUUAAAUACUUGACUGACUUCACUGAAAUUCCUUCUGAUCUAGUCUUGUCAUUUGAGAGCAGGAUUUGGCUUCAGAAGUACGCUAUAUGCCAUUGCUCUUGGUGAUCCAGAAAUCAAUUUGCAUGUGUACCUUUUCUAAACUGUCCCAGUGGAAAUGCCUUCUGUUGAAUUAGUUGGUGUAACAUGAGAAAGACUAGCUGCAGACUUUUGACUAAGCAGCUAAAUCAGCAUUCAAGGUAGACAUCAAAGCUUGAGGUACAAAGCAGAAAUAAAAGCUGUUGAAAUAAAUAAAGGGUUGCUGUACCGGAUAUUCUUACCAUGAUGACAGGAAAAGGGAGAAGAAAUGGAAGGAAACCCAAAUGUUUGAAGUUCGCAAAAGACAUUUACAUGGAAAACAUGAAUUCCCGGAUUUUGCAACUGCCCAGAAUGUAUUGUAAUUCUACUAGAGAAAACAAAACAAGCUAUCAAAUUACAUACUGGCACUCCUGUGCCAGUAAUAGAAAAUAAUUGUUCCAAAGGCAAUAAGUAAUAAGUACUUAGACCUUCUGGUCCACAAAUGGGCCUGAGCUUGCAGGCAAUCUCUCAGUUAACAGAGGAAAAAAGAUGCACAGUGCACUUGUCAAAUACUGGAAGAAUGAAGGCAGAGUUAAGAGAUGGCCGUAGCAAAGCUGCUGAUGGGUAAUAUCUGCCCUGCUGUUACUGCUGCUGCGGCUGAGAAGCGGGUAAAUGUGGAGCUACGUGUUACGGUGGUUAGAUUGCUAUCAGUAUCUCAGCAAACUGGAAUAACGCGGUGUCUGUGUGUGGCGUAAGGACCACACGGACACCAGGGUUCUUUUAGGAUCAGUAACUGCUGCUACCUUCAUUGAUGACAUAACUUCAUUAUUCUGUCUUACCGAGGACAGGCUCCCUUCUUAUACCAUUCCCCCACAGCAGUCCUUUCCCACUCACUAUUCAUUGGUCAACAACUUUGCCCAGCAACAGCAAACCCCCAGCAACUUCCAUGCCUUAACGGCCAGAGAACAAGCAACCCGAGACGGCAAAGCAUCUCCUGAAUCACCCUUCUUCAUUCCCUCUAGAAUCUUUAUGUUCCCGAUGGCCUCAUCAUUAAGAGUCCAAUGUUAUCACCAGCCAUGGGGCUUAUCGACUGCCCAAGGCCACACUCCCACAUCUGUGUCCUAUGGCUGUGCAGGUGUCUCAGGAGUUCAAAAGGGAGACCUAAGUUGUUACGUUUCCUCGGAUUAUCUAUUGUAAUUGCUGUUUAAAAAAAAUGAAAAACUGUCAAUAUAUUUAUACUUGUGGAAAAUGCUACUUAGCAUUUAACAGAUUAAAUAGCUGCGCACUUUGAAAUAUGUAGAAUGAUGCUAUUACUUUCAGAAGCAUAAAGAUUAACCUGCUCUAAAUAUGGCCUGCAAACAUUUCUUUUAAUAUUUCAAGUGGGCGUUUCUCUCCUCAUGAUUUUCUCAAGUCUGAAGGUUUUUUUCUUCACAAAUGUCACUGUCUUCCCUGGUCUUGCUAAAUGGAAUCUGCUGGAAAAUUCAGAACAAGUUUUCUUGUGAGCAAGAUGCUAAUUGAAGAGUGUGGAGUACUGGAAUCUUUUCAGAUGGCCUUUCCUCAGAAGGUGAAGUUCUCAUUAAAAUAAGAUAUUGGCAAGAAAAGGGACAAACUAAAUUGCGUUUUUGAAAAUCCCUCAAUUUUACUAGCUACUAAGAAUUAACUUCUUAGUCUUUUUAUUUCGUUAUGACCUGUGUUGAAUCUGGAAUUAAAGAUAGCACAAGCAUGG